UGCCCAUCGGUUGUUCCCUGGGUGUCCGACGGUGGAUUACGCGUGGCCGCAGGGUAGUUCUCGCGUUUUUUCGCGUAUCGAGUGCAAUCUCCUGUGCGUUUUUGGCAUCGUGCGGAUGAACGAGACGUUCCUUGCGAUUGAUUUCUUCUCCUUAGUGAUUUUGCGGCGCGUUUUCCGUGAUUUGUAACUACAGGUAAUUGGGUAGUAAAGUGCGUGUAACACUCGGUCGCUGUUGUUUUCACUGGGUGUUGUUCCGAAAUUUCGUGCCCGGUGGUCCAGCAGCAGGAGGUGGAUGCUGCAGAAGUUAUCGUACGCGAAGAGGGUGGAAGUGAACGCGUGCCAAAUACGAAGAUGCCGUGAGAGAAAAGCUCAACAUUUGGGGUCGGAAUAAGGCAGGCGGGAUGAAAAGUUGAAAUGGGUAUUAAAUCGAUGACGUCGGAGGUUCUGUUUUCGGAUGCUGUGGUGGCAUUAAAGCUGUUGAUGGGCCCGCUAGAUGGGAAAAUGAAAAUGUGAUCCGAUGCGAAGGUUUUCCACAAGACGGAACCCCUGAAAGAAAUGUUUUGAUACACCUUAUGGGGUGGCCUCAAUCUGUGUUUGAAUCCUAAGAAGCUGUGGGUAAAAGCUUCCCUCAAUAUCACAUAAAAGUUACUGAACCGAUGAAAGGGUCAAUCCAGCAUUUAUCUUAAUAACAACAGUCGCUUAAGCCCUGUUGAUAAGCGAAGUAAAAAAGUGUGACAAGUGAGAAUCCCCCGGUGUGGUCCUAAAUUAUUCCAUCAAAAGCUCAUUGGCCGCAAACCUCCCAAUUAUCUGGGUAAAAAAUGAAACCAAUAAAACGAGAGUUGCUGACAAGAUAAAAAUUAAUUUCCAGCAACUCACCCAAACCCAAACACCAUCGUCAUCAUCCUGAGAGAAAGGGAAACGGAGGGGUAAAUGUGCGAAUAGUGCUCUGUGUCAACCGGCUUCACUCGGAAGAAAAGCCAUAAAAAGUGAUGAAAAUUGAUUGUUCCACCGCUCUUCCCAAAGUCUGACCCCUUCCUCAAGGCAAGUAAAAAAAGUUGACGUCCCAAAAGUGAUGUUCCGGGAAAGUCCAUGUGCGUCGUCGUCCUUUCGAGUUUUUGACAGGCUCUACAUACAAGUUUGCCACAAGUGUAGGGAAAGCCCGGAAAGUUGAUUGGUGAAUUUCAGGCCUCGGUGUCUUUAAUAACAAAGUGGAUUUGGCCGAACUUCAUCCAACCUCCAUCCCAUUUUGGAGGUUCUACGCGGUCAGUGGAAAGAAGAGCUCGCGGACGUCCAGGUUUCCGAAACCUGGGGAAGUGAAAAUUUGUGUAUGUGGUGAGCCGCGCGAAAUUCAUUUAUUCGGUUUCCGGUGCCGGUGAAGUUUUGAAAGAGUGCUGAAACUUUUCCGGGACCCUCUGUCCCGGAAGCUUCCAUGGCUUCCUCGACCUCGACAAUCCCGGCACAUCAUGGAGUAUGCCUAUAGUCAUCGCCAACAACGAUCCAGUUCUACGGCCUUCCGGUAAAACAAGCUCCGUCAUCAGUGAAGUUUAACAAACAUCAGCCGUUCCACCGGGGAAAAUACUAGUGAACUUAAAUCUCCUAUAUUUUCCGUACCAGUCCUUUUCCCAUCCCUCUUUCCACUAGAAAAAAAACCCGAGCUGUUGGUUUCAAGAAGAAAGAAACAAACAGCCGAACGGCAGGAAAAAUUAAGCGGUAAAGUUUGGUUUAUGGAGCUUGGUGCCAGCCCUGUCCUACAGUGUGUUUUCCAGCCGUUCUUAUAGAUGUUGCUGUUUUUGCUGCUGCUUCCGUAGUUAUUCGGAGCAUUCAGGGAAAGGGGCACAGUUGAAUGCUGCCAUCGUUGAAACUCGGACCAUCAAAGUGGCAGCAGUAUCGGAGCAGGCAAAAAAACGACAACAGAAGCUUCUGAAAAAUGACAUACAACCGCCAAUGGCUACCGAAACAACUUGAAACGCUGGUCCAGCAAUUCGAGCGCCAAAUUUGACGGGACGAGUGCCAGGUCGCUUCUGCUGGUGAUUUGCCUAGGGGCAAAGCUGAUCCUCUGCUGAAAGCGAAACUUUUCAGUGUUUUGAGCAUCCUUUGAGGCUGUACGGUGAAACUGCACAGCAGAAUAAAAAGAACAAAGUAACGUACAGAUCGCCAUUUUUACAUUGUUUUAGACCAGUUCAAAGUGGCAAAAGUUUAAUCACCUGUUGUAAAACAACUCAGAAACGGGGACCGGAAAACGAGAACGAGGCAGAGAAGCUGCCUAGAGAUGGGCAAAAUGUAGCAAAAAAGCACUUCAAAAAAAAAAAAGUAUUAUAAGUGUAGGAAAAUAUCGUUACGUGUUUCGGUGCAAAUUUUUCUCAUUCGGUUAAUUCGGUAGCGAGAAAUUGUAGAAACCGAGAGAGGCAGCCAAAAAAAAAAAACGACAGCGAAAAAAGUUUUCCACGGGAAAUAUGCAACCAGGUAAAUGGUGUAGCCCCAGGCCAGGAAACUGAGCAACGAAGGUAUUCCCGGAAAAAGUUUGAAAAGCAUAUAACCAAGGUGAGGAGGGGAGAAAAAAUAACCCGAGUGAAAGUGACGCUUUUCGAAAAGUCAUCUCCGUGUGAAAACGGUAGCAAAAUUGAUUAUGAUAAUUUUGGGAGCAGCUGUGGAAAAGUUUUCCACUUUCGAUGAAGAUAUUCCCGUUGGAGGUCACCGUUUGAAAUAAGUGUGGCUCGAGAGGAGUGCUGCCAUCACAUGUUUUUGCGAGUAAAUUUGACAGUGUUUUAAGUCUCCUCCGUCGUCUGCGGUUCCUGUCAACGGAGACCAUCCGUUUUGGGUGUGGGUGGCUGUUUGUUUGUGUUGGGUUUGGGUGUGAGUGGCCAAGUGAUUGUGUCUUCGGAAGAUGAGAAAAUCCAAAAUCGGGAUGGAGCUUGCCCCGGCCCAGGUGGGCUUCUGGCUGACGUUAACGGUGCUAUUUGAGCUGGCGACGAGUGUCAAAGAUGUUCCUCUGGUUUCCAUGGAUGCCCUGGUCGGAGAGACCAUUUACCUGCCCUGCAACAUCAGCACCCCGGAACCGGGUGACAGUGUUGUCCUGGUAUUAUGGUACCGGGAGGAUAAAGGGUCGCCAAUUUACAGUGCGGAUACCCGGGGUCGCGAUGUCACGUCGGCCAAACGCUGGUCCGAUGAAUCGGUCUUUGGCAACCGGGCGUACUUUCUGUUCGACAAACAGCCCGGGGAGCUGGCCAUCCAGAAUGCCCGGGAAACCGACAGCGGCCUGUAUCGGUGCCGGGUGGAUUUUAUCGUAGCACAAACUAGGAAUAGUAUCGUAAAUUUAACAAUAAUAGUUCCCCCGGAGCGGGUCGUGAUCCGGGACCAGCAGGGCACCGAACGGACCACAGUGGCCGGUCCCUACAGCGAGGGGGACGUGGUCAAACUGCGCUGCGACGUCUACGGUGGCCGGCCGACGCCCUCUGUCAGCUGGCAUCGGGACGGAGUGCCACUGGUGGCCGAAACCAAAUACGUGCCCAUUGGCAAACAUCUCCGCAGUGAGAUUGUUCUCGGUCCACUGACCCGGCAAGAUCUGCACUCGAAGCUGGUCUGCAAGGCUAACAACCACGAGAGGGCCAGCCCGGUCGAGUCCUCCGUCCAAAUUGAUAUGAACUUUGCUCCCCUAAACAUAAGACUGAUUGGUGCUCACCAGCCGCUGUCAGCCGGGCACCGGUAUGAUUUGCUGUGCCAAAGUGCAGGUUCUAGGCCUGCAGCCUCCAUAACCUGGUUCCUGGAUGGGGUCCGGCUGGACAAAAGCAAAGAAACGACAUCCGCCGAUGGCAAUCAAACGACCAGUACGCUGUCAAUCAUCCUGAACCGAACCGAUGCCGGCAAGUAUUUGUCCUGCAAGGCGUACAACACCUAUGCGCCCUCCGAUGCCCUGGAAGACGGCUGGCAGCUGGACAUACAAUAUGUUCCGGACGCCAAGGUGCGCCUGGGAAGUUCCCUGGAUCCGUACUCGAUUCGGGAGGGUACGGAUGUGUACUUUGACUGCAUUGUGACGGCGCAUCCAGUUGUCUAUAAAGUCGAGUGGAAACAUAACAACAAAACACUGCCGCACAAUAUCUCGCAAGGAGUGAUCAUCAGCAACCAUUCGUUGGUCCUGCAAGGGGUCUCGAGGACUACUGCCGGCAACUAUUCCUGCGUAGGAUUCAACGCCGAAGGCGAAGGCAGCAGCCCGAUUUUCGAGCUCAACGUUAUGUAUGCACCCACCUGUGCGCCCAACCAGCAGCGUGUCUACGGUGUGGCCAAACAGGAGAACGCCGAGAUCCGUUGCAUCGUGGACGCAAAUCCACCGGACGUCGAGUUCAAAUGGACGUUCAAUAAUUCAGCCGAAAGCAUCGACGUUCAGGCCAGCCACAUUUCACGGCUAGGUACAUCCUCGGUUGUAUCUUACACGCCAAUGACGGAACUGGACUACGGAACCCUGCUCUGCGUGGCCACCAAUCGAAUCGGGAAACAGCGGCAGCCCUGUGUUUUUCACAUAAUCGCAGCUGGCCGUCCGGAUCAGGUGCACAACUGUUCGGUUGCGAACGUUUCGAUGACAUCGAUGAGCGUCCGCUGCUACGAGGGUUUCAACGGGGGCCUAGCGCAGUCUUUCUUCCUGGAGCUGCGGGACACCCACACCCAGGAGGUGCGCUUCAACAACACUUCCCCGAUUCCCCGGUUUGCGGUUCCGAAUCUGCACCCCAGCGCAAACUACCAGCUGUCGGUGUACGCGUUCAACUCCAAGGGAAAAUCGGAACCGUACGUGAUGAGUGCGUCCACCCUGCGGCUCCCGGAGAAGCAGAUGAAUUCGGAAAAAGCAGAACGGCCUCGGUCCCCGCUGCCCCUGACGCCCACGCUUUCGAUUGCCAUCGGGCUGGGAGCGGCCGUCCUCAUCGGAAGCUGCGCCAUCGUGUUGGCCCUGAAAUUUCCCUGCGGCGCCAAAAACCGUCGGAACAAGGAGACGGCAGCCGGGCAGCAGCACCACCACAAUCACAACCACCACCCCCAUCAUCACGGCGGAACAACGGUGAGAACUUCCUCGCCCGGACCGAGCGACAAGAGCGUGGCCAGCAAGGACUACGAUGGGAACGAAAGUGACGAGAAGAACCCGGACGUGAUUCCGGAUACGAUUGAUUCGGAUGAUCAGAUGGAGUACAUCCGAAGGCGUCAGCACAUAUCCACGAUCGACACCAGCAGCCCCAGCCGGCUACUGCUAACGACCACGGCAGGGACCACUGGCCCGAGCCAAAGCUUCAUGGGCUCAACGAUGGCCCUGCACAGUAGUAGCCACUCGGCAAGCCUGGGGUACUGCACCCUACGAAAUGGUGGCAUUCCCGGGCAGCCACCUGGAAUCUUGGGCAGCACCAACGUGUCCAUGAGCCACAUGCCUCCCAGUACUUUUACACCGGUUUCGGCUCACACGACUUGUACCCUGCCGAGACAUCCGGUAUCGGCCGCAGGGUUGAUGAACCCCGGCGGGCCGCAUCAUUGGCCCUCGUACGGCGGGACCAUUGCCGGAGUUCGGAACAUGACGGCCAUUUCAGUGACCAGCAGCCAGCAAGCCAUCCCUCCGCCUCCAUCAACGAUCGCCAUGCAACACCUGGGGCCGCAGCCCGGCAGGACUCGGGUCUGCAUAGGGCUGCCCGAAGAUGACGUCUCGGCCGAUACGCCGCUCAUGGUUAAACGCGAGAGCACCGUAUGACUAUAGGAGUCUCACAGGGUCGGUGAUACGGCCCUGUGAGGUCCCCUCCGAUGCGAUGAUGGCGCCAACAGCGGUAGGGUUGAGUUACAAUAAGAGAAAGGAAGAGAACUAGAGAGAGAGAGAGCGCGAGCGUAAGUAGGCGACGGACGUCUAGCCCAAUUUGUGCAGAGAGAGAGAGAAAAUGCAGAGUUCUCGUGCAGUUAUCAAAUAUGAGUACUUUAAGUUUGGAAUCAUCUCUUCAAGAGUGUUUAUUUGUACUGUUCAAAUACUUAUUCAGAGGCUAAGUAAGUUUAAGUAAAUCCAACUAAGAGAAAGAAACUUGAAAAUAUCUCAUAGAAAUACUGAAAUAACGAUGUUAUUACCACAUUAUAUCAUUUUGUGAUAUGAACGCUGUGAAUACUACCAAUGUCGAAGCAGAAGGUGAGUUCGAUAAGGCUCAAUUUUCGAGUCGUAAUCAUUAUAGAGUUACAUCGUCUGAAGUGCUGUCAGAAUAAAACAUAAAUUAAGUACCAGCAACUCGGAGUCAUUGGAGCACUCUUGGGACAAGUAAUUCGGGUCAAAUGCUGUUAUAGUUUUAAAAAAAAUUCACUUUCUUACGAACGAAGACAAAGGUUAAAAGAGUGGAAAAGAAUUUGUUUCCUAGUUCACUUCAUUACCACAACUCACACAAAAUCAAUCUCUGAUGUGCUGUUUCUUCCAACAUUGAUAUUUCAAAAAGAAAAAUACUUUCAAAUUAUUGACAAUGCGGGACAAUUUGUGUCGAACCUAACAUUGAUCUCGAAAACAAACACACACACACAUGUAGGAUCUCAGUAAAUGAUCAUGAAUCUUCUACAAAGAGAUCAUUUUCCUUAGCACUUCCCACUUUGAAUGCCAUGACCAGGAUUCAAUCUCAAGACCGUUGGUUAAGAAGACUUGAACAUUCAUGACUACCCUGUACAUCCACAAAUCAUACUGCACUCCAAUAAUGAACUUCCUUGGAGGUGGAAUUAUCUGUAUAAGAUUCUAUGCCGGAUCAGCAUUAACAUGCUUUUGAAUAACUUGCAUUGUCCUCCCAGCGCAACCGCAUUGCAUAUGUCUGAAUGAAACCAAAGAAAACAUAUCCCAUAUCCUAUCACAAGACAAAGCAGGAUGGAAACAAUCAGUCAGCUUUAUAUUGUCGAAUGAUGUGGCGAGCGCUGUGUGUGUAAAGUCUGCUUCAUUUAAUAUUGGAACAAAUUCUUUUGCUCAUUGUGGCGCUCCUAGUGGAAGGAUUUGGAAACUUUUUUCACCCACGUGUCGGGAAAUUCAUUACCUUUCACCAUGUAUUUAUGUCAUAACACCAAACGAUAGCAUUUUGUAAACAACCGCCAUGGAAGCCGAACGGAGAGAUCAAAUUGUGCACAGUUUUCUUGAAAAUCCAUUGUUGUCGGCAUCGAAGCUAGCUAAACAGCUUAAAAUGCCCAGAAAUACCGUAUGGCGUGUUAUCAAGCAGUACAAGGAAACAUUGACGACGGCUCGGAAGCCGCAUUCGCAGCGUCGGAGUGGAACUGUCGACCGGAAACUGCGUGGGAAAGUCAUCAAGGCCGUCAAGAGGAAUCCCAAUCUUUCAGACCGCGAUUUGGCCAAUAAGUUCCAGGCCGCUCACAGUACGGUGCGACGAAUUCGUUUCCGGGAAGGAAUAAGGUCAUUCCGAGCCAGCAAACAGCCAAAUCGGACGCUGAAGCAGAACAAUGUGGCCAGAAUCCGUGCUCGAAAGCUGUACGACCAAGUGCUGACCAAGUUCGACGGAUGUAAAUUCUGCUUCAUUUAAUAUUGGAACACAAACAAUUGCGUGUAGUUCAGUCAUUUAUUAACGAAUUCAUAAUUUGUUUUUCAUACAAAUGUAGCAUUUUCUUUACUCUUUCAUAAAAAAAAAUUAAAAAAAUUAUUCAUUGCUGUUUCGAAGAAAUUCUCGUACUCGUACUCGUAAGAAAACUGUGCACAAUUUGAUCUCUCCGUUCGGCUUCCAUGGCGGUUGUUUACAAAAUGCUAUCGUUUGGUGUUAUGACAUAAAUACAUGGUGAAAGGUAAUGAAUUUCCCGACACGUGGGUGAAAAAAGUUUCCAAAUCCACAAUUCCAAAAGUUUCCACAAUGAGCAAAAGAAUUUGUUCCAAUAUUAAAUGAAGCAGACUUUAUGUAAACCGGCAUCGGAAAAAACACUCUUUGUUUCCAGCCGACGGCAAACAACCACCAGCCAAGAUGAGCUGAACGUGUGUUUGUAAACUUAACGGCAAUAGAAAACAGUUUCUAGUUUCCCAUUCCCACCCCAUCCCUUCCCAUUCUCAUCUCUUUCCCAUCAAAGACAAAUCAGGAUGAAAAAACACCGGCCAAAUGGCAGACGGCCAAUCCAGUGCGUUUUCCUGGUAAUCGCGAUGGCAGAAGGACUUUGCGAAUCUUUCGUUUGCUAACCGACUCAGAUGGUGUACUGGGUAAGAUAUCGGACUGCCAAGCCGAGAUGAUAUGUUGCUGUGAGUUUGAUUCUCACUAUAUUGUUUUUUAUUUGGAAUGAAUUGUUUGAUAGGAUGAAAGUCCCAUAAAAUGUUUUUCUUGUUUCGCUUCGAUGUAGUGGUCAUGAAUCAUUUUGCUUGGGAUCUCGAGUCUUUAUGCCAGUAAUGCUUUUCCAAUAACAUAAUCAUUGGUACAGUACACUUUUCAGCGUUUGUUCGGCACAGAGAUUUACUAAAUGGGCAUUGGAUUUUUUCAACCUCUUCUAUGGGUGUAGCAAGCCAACUAUACAGCUGGCAAGCUCCAAAAAAAUAUGACUUUUUUAAAUUAAAUUUAUUACUAGAAAAUAAAUGCCAUUAUCAAGUUCAACCAUUUAAAACAGGAAGCGUAAUUUUUCACGCGUUCUGAGGAAAUGGUGGCACGUUAAGGAUGGAAUCUAGCUCGGACCGGAAAAUUUGUCAACAAGGUCGAAAAGGGUUUGUUGAUAGGAGUUUAAAAAAGGAACCUGAAUCUGAAAAAAAGCCAAUAUUUCUUAAAGCUUUAAUCCUUGUCUUCUUCUUCUUUUUGCUGGAGGGAAUCUUACGAUAACAACUUUCAAUUCGAUGGAGAUAAUUGUUGGGACUUAGUUGUCAGGAAACGUGAAAAAAUUCUACCUAAAAAUUUUCAACGUUUACUGUGUACUUACAUUCUCAUCAAAUAAAAAAGUGCCCGUCCUUUAAAAAAAACGGCAAUUUCAUUAGCAACAACAUCAAAGCUAAAUUUCAUGUUUAAUGAUCCUUUUUUAAAACAAUCUUCCCCGAUCGUCAAUUUCUUGGCACCAGUUUAUUUGCACCACCAUUUGGAAGCAAUGGAAAAAAUCAACCCUUGCGGUCCUUCGGGGACCGUCGUCAGUUUCGAAAGGGAACAAAACUCUUCUCCAAAACCAAACGAAAAAAAAAAGAACCGAAGGUUAGUCGAAGCAAAACUUCCGACUAACCAGCGGCUCACGUAUCAAAAUUAUUGUCGCCCAGUCCGAAACGCGUCCGUUGAUGAAAAUAGGCACGAAAACGGGCUAAAGGGAAAUUUCUUCAAACCGUUUGGGAUUUUGUUUUUGGGACACUUCAAGAUUGAAGUACAUAUAAGGGGGGAAGGGGUGUUGAAUUGCAACUUGUUUCGAAUUUUUAAGCGGUUCGAUCCCUAACAAAAAGAAUUCCUCUCGAUUUUGAAAAUAUGCGCACCCUAUCGCAGGAUAGUUUUUCAGGCGAGAAGAAGGUUGAUGUGACACUCCUUCUCCGCGACUUUUGCACGAAUUUCUAACUUCUAACGUGUAUCUUAAUUCCUAUAAGCAAUCCUGAUCAGGUUCCAAAAGUGCCAAAAAAAAUUCAAUUUAAGUUGUCAGAUUGGUUGCGGUUAAUCGCUCAUAAGAGCAAGUUCACUCGUGUUGGGAAAAAGUGGUAGAAAUUUCGACACUUGAAGCACAUUUUGAAAAUUUUACCACUGACCAUACUGACUGGACACUCGAUUUAGUUUUCUGGAUAAUUUUUUCAACAGUAUGCAAUAUUGAUUCCAGAGUGCGCAUUGAUCGAUUAGAAGAAGUGCUAUGCCAGUCAGGAAAUGUCACCCAACUUUUUCCUACAGAGCAUUUUUUGUCAAAUAUUUCAGGUUCGCCACCUGCCGUAGGUAAUGCGAACCUACAAAAUCUGACUAAAAAAAUUAAACUGAAAAUGGUUGAUUUUUUGUUCUAAGUGUCAUGUCAUUGUGAUCAAUGAUUUUACUAUGUAAAAAUGUUUUCAAGAUCUGUGGCCUUCAAGUUUUUUACCAACACGUGUUGUAGUUUCACAUGCUGUGAUACAAAAAUAGCAAUAUUUAUAUCACAUACGGCUGAAAUAGAAACAGUGCUAUAUAAAAUAUAACGCCCAAAGAUCUUGAAAACAUUUUUGCAUGGUAAAAUUUUCAAAAUUUAAAAAUUUCUACAACUUUAUCUCAACACCAGUGAACUUGCUCUAGAGCAAGUUCACAGGUGUUAGAAAACUUGAAGGCCAUAGAUCUUGAAAAUUUUUUGCAUGGAAAAUUUUUCAAAAUGUGCAAAAAUUGACAACAUUUCGACCACUUUUUCCCAACACUAGUGAACUUGCUCUAAUAAGAGCAAGUUCACUCGAGUUGGGAAAAAUUGGUAGAGAUUUUGACACUUGAAGCACAUUUUGAAAAUUUGUCCACGUUUAAAAUGUUUUCAAGAUCUUUGGGUGUUGUUUUUUUUAUAGCAUUUUUCUAUUUCAGUCGAAUGUGAUAGAAAUAUUGCCAUUUUUGCAUCACAGCAUGCGAAAAUAGAACAAGUGUUGUAAAAAACUUGAAGGCUACAGAUCUUGAAAAUGUUUUUGCAUGGUAAAGUUUUCAAAAUGUGCUAAAAGUUUCAAAAUUUCUACCCCUUUUUCCCAACACGAGUGAACUUGCUCUUAUUAUGAGCGAUUAAUCGCAACCGAUCUGUACAACUUUGAUUGGAUUAUUUUUGGCUCUUCUGGAACUCGAUAAGGAUUGAAUGGCGUCAAGAUCCAGAAUAUUAUAGAUUUGAAAUCAGGAUCAGAAAUAUAACGGAGAUCUAGAUCAUAAUUCAGAAAUAAGAGCCAGUUCAGGUUUAGAUCUGAAUGGAGCCCUUGAUCAUGAUUAAGGAUGUAAUCCAAGUUCCGAACCAUAAUCAGAUCCGAAUGUCCAAAAAGGUCUUGAAUAAAUAAAUAAAUAAAAAAACCAUAAUCAAGAUAGGUUUACUAUUAGGAUGGAAAUCAAAAUCGGAUCAAGGAUCAGUCUAGAGAACGGGAUCGAAGACGAAAUCAAAAGCCGGAUCCAGACAAGGAUCAGGACCAAGAUCAGUAUCUCACUAAGAAAGAGGUGAUAGAUCGGGAUCAGAAUCUGAAUCAGGAUAUUGAUCAAUUUUGGAACAAGAUAAGGCUCAGAUCAUGAUCCGGAUCUGGAUCUGAGUCGAAAUUAAAUACAGAAUACAGAGUACAUACAGAAUAAAAGAAAAUAAGUUCAAGAUAAAAAUUAGAUUAAUGAUUGAAAUUAAGGUUCUAUAUCAGGAUCAAGAUAAGGACUCAGGACGACAAAGAGUGUCAGUAGCAGAAAAGGAAUUAGGAUCAUGUUCUAAAUCAAUAUCUUGAUCUGAACUGUUUUCGAAUCAGGAUCAGAUGCAUAAAAAUCAGGAUAAGGAACAGGAUCGAAAUUCGUAUAAGAAUAAGAAUUUCCAAUAGACAUAAGCCUCUACGAUGGGGAUCAGGAUUAAAAUCAAAAUCAGACGCUGGAUCAGAAUCUAUCUAUUGGAAUCAGGUUUAAGAUCAGAAUCAAAGUCAGGAUGCAAACCGGGAUAAGGGUGUGAAUCAGGAUCAGAUUCUAGAUAAGAAAUCGGAUCAGGAUCUAAACAGAAUCACAAUCAAGAUCAGUUUCAGGAUCAGGACCAGGAAAAGAGAUAAUGGAUGAGAGUUGGAUCCAUGUUCAGGAUUAAGAUUAGAAUUGGGGUCUAAAGCCAGGUUCAAGUUGAGAAUGAGAGCGAUAUCAGGAUCAGGAUCAGGAUCAGGUUUUGAAUCUGGAUCAUGUUCCGUUAUACUGAAUCUGAUACUUUUCGUAAAAAAACUGAUUUCAUGUUUUAUCGCAUUUUUGAAGAACCUAAUAAAGUAAAAACUGUUGUAUUUAAAUUACAAAGAUAAAGGUUUAAGUGCAACAGUUGCAACAUCAUCGAAAAUAGAAUAAAACUUGUCGUGCAAGUAUUUGUGACUUAACCCCCUAGAAUAAGGUGGCCAGAAUUUUUUCAGCAGGUGUCCGGGCCUGGCUAAUCCGGGAAAUUUUAUACAAAAACCUCCUUAAAUCCGAUCAUUUGAUAUAAAAAAAAUGACGAUCAAAAAUAUGGGCAAUAUCCAGGCAAAUUUUGUCAAUAUUCAGAAAUUUCUCAACAAAACUCAAGAAAAAAAAUAAGAAAAAAAAUUUUUUUUUCAAAGCUCUUCGCCAGAUUUUAAAUCGUUUUUAAAGCUUGCAAAAACCUACCAUAAUUAAUUUUAUAUUACUUGCUUGAAAAAUUUCGUUUUUAAGGCAUAAAUAAAAAAAAAAUUUAAAACAGUUUGGUUAUUAUUUCAACUGGUUUGCCAAAAAAAGUUUAUAAAUCCGGGCAAAAUGUGGGCUUUUUUCAAUGAAAUCCGGGGCAACCGGGGACUGUUCUUAAAUUUUGUACUCAAAAUCCGGACAACCUGACAACCCUACUGUAGAACCCAUGCUUAGUUUAAUGAUUACAAAUGAUGACAAAUGACAAAUGAUCACAACUUUUGUUAUUUGAAAUAUUGUGUCGAUAGCGAAAAAUAUUUGAUUAUUUUUAAAAUAUUGCAUAACCACAAAGGCUAUGAAACUUAACUUUCAGUAUUUUUUACGAUUGUAGGUUUUGAACAAUUCAAUCAUUCAUUACUGAAUUUUGAAAUAAAUUAAGAGGCUUAAAUCAAUUAAAUAUUUCAACCUAGGUAAGGAGUGUAUUCGAAAAAAUGCAUCACUUUGUUUUUUUUAAUAACUUUCAAAUGCAUGAAUAUAAAUUAAAGAAAUUUUCAGCGAAGUAACCUGGUUAUGUAAUGUUUACAUAUGCAAAUUUUUGUAAUGUUUUGUCAAGUGGUGUUUGAGAUAGGGUCCAAUAAAGAAAUUUUUAGACUUCAAUUUUUGGGCCACAAGUGCGCCGUCUAUAAUGCCUAUUUUGAACCACUUUUUUUUAAACCAAGGCUAUUUUUUAUUACGUUUGCUGUUUCCUGAAGUUGAAACUCAAAAUUUUGAAUUUUGUCAAAUGACAAAUUAAACUAAUUGUCCUCCUUCGGUAAAAAAACAUAUUUGACUUUUUAUCUCUCCACCACAGUUUUUGCGAAAUGGCACGGUUUCAGAUCCAACCGGAACAUAGUAUAAACUUUGUGGGACCUAUCAAAGUGCAAAGCAGAGAAAACGUUGGCAUUUGGAGGCAGUCUUCUUUGUAUAUUUAGCCAUUCACCGUGUCAAUCGUUAUGAAAGAGUUAUUUGCAGUUCCCACAGAUCGUUAGCCUCCUCAAGUAUUAGACACUAAAUGUUUAAUUUUUUUUUCUCUUUGAUGAUCUCCGGAAAAUUCAGGAGAGACUUUUCAACGAAUAGUUUCCGGUUGAAAACCUGCCAGGUGACCGCUCAAGGGUUAGUUAGUAUUGUCCAUUACAAAAUUUUCAAAAUAUCCCUCCACAAGCAGUACAAAUAUUUUGCGCACGAUUUGACCACCGUAUUUUGUUUAUUUCACCGGUGGGCAGCUUUUCUACCUUUUGUAAAUGAAGUCAGUCCUAUUUGUAUGUCGGAAAAAAAAUUACUGUUUCAUCCCUUCCUCUAUUCGUAUUCCCGGAUUGAAAUAAACUUCUAACAUUACUCUCACUUCAUGGAAUCAGUAAUCGUCACUUUUAUUCAAAUUUUAGCUAACCAUUGGGUCCUCUUGGACUUCUUAAGCGAUUUACCAUAUGAACUUUGGUCGAAUAGUUGCUUUCCAGCUGUUUUUGGUUCCCCCGCUGGGACUUACUGGAUUUUUCUCGAUCCUGCCCCAAAAAUUUUGUCUAUGAACUACAGUACUGGACUCUAUCUCAAAAACCACUUGUCAGAUUGUCACCACUGAAAAUUCCAUCAAUUUCCAUCCAUGCAUUCAUAAAUUAUUAACAAGACCAAAUGUUGCAUUUUUUUGUCGAAGACAUUCCUUAUAUGAAAAGUAGGUAAAUAUCAAACAUAUUUUUUGAAAUUUCGUCUUUGUUUCCCAACCCUGCCUUUAGACGAGGUUUAUUUUUCAUCUCUCCUACCUAACUUAGGAAAAAUCAAUCCAGAAUGGUGCUUAAUUUUCGACGUAUCUGCCAAUUUUUUUUGAUCGAAUAACAAAAGGACCAAGGAUUUCUGAAACUACCAAAUUGAUCAUUUAAGGGAAAAAAUAUUCAUUUCAAGUAUUUUUAAGUUUUUAUAGCUUCCCUUAGCUGUAGCUUUUGACAACUAUUUGUCAAACAUUUUUUCCUUGUAUAGAUGGUUAGUUCAGCAUAUUUUGAAACAUUCUGCGCAAAAAGUACGUUGAACAAUGAUUGGCUUUGGGUUGAUGCCGAUUUUAGUAAACCUCGAUUAAAAGAGUGGUUGGGAUCUAGAGGAUUAAAAAAAAAAGAUUUGAUUAAUCAGGAAUUUUUUUUUUCAAAUUUCUGGUUGCCCGGAUUUCAGAAGUAAAAAUCGUACUCAAUUUCUUCCAAAUAAUUACCCAAAUUUGUAAUCUAGGGCCUAGGCUCAGGAUUAAAAAAAUCGUUAAACCAUUAAAUCAAGUGUUAUUUCCAUAAAUAAAUCUCCUAGGAUUUAUCAUUUAUGCUUUUUAGUUUUUUUUAACAAACUUAUAGCUCCACAUAUGUUUCACUUUUUGAAGGCCCAAGAUCUGUUGUAUCACAAAAGAUGUUAGUAGUAUCUAAAAAUUUAAGAUAAUUGACUUUUUUCCCACAUUGGGCUUUUAGGUAAAAAGUUAUAAAUAUUGAUAGAAAUGGAAUAAAAUGAAAGAAAAAAAAAGCAAGAGAUUUUUUUUUCUUUUUUUUCUCUUAUAUUUCUUAAGACUAUUGCAGUUUUCAUCAAAUAAACCAUUGCACAGUUGAGAAAAAAGUGUUUAAACUGCGAAAAAAUUCAACAUCUUCCGUCAUACUUGAUCCAAAUCUACGAAAAUAUAAGAGCUUACAAACGGAGAUAUAGACCUUUUUAAAACCCUAAUUCCCCUACAUUUUGUAAACAAUCCAGAAAAACACUGACUUGGACUCAAAAAUUUUGAACAAAAAUUUACCUAUCUUGUGUGAUUUUUUCGAGGAAUCAAAUGAAGUCUGUUAGAGCUACCACAUGCUUCGAAAAUUGGAGUAAUGGCUGAUUUUACCCUUAAUUCCCCUAUACUUUUUAAUCAAUUGAGAAAAAGCAUGUUUGAGCUUGAAAAUUUUCAGCCAAAUGAGAUCUAUCUUGUUUGUUUUUUUUUUCUAGGAAUGGAAUGAAGGCUAUUUGAGCCACCGAAUGUAUCAGAAAACCGCGUUAUAGCUGUUGCACCCUAAAUUUUCCAAUAUUUUUUAUAUACUUCAGAAAAAGUUUGUUCGGGCUGGAUCAUUUUGGAGAAGAUAAGACCUCCUAAGCAACCAAAAGUUGUAUAUCUACUUAAACUCGUGUCUCCAAAGUUAGAAUUUUAUUGAACAAAGUUUCCAAAGGGAAUUGGUACCGAAUUCACUCGAAUGUGAGCAUGAAAGCUACAAAAGGUUCCUCAAAAUUUUUAGAAAGAUGUCAAUCACAUCCUUUCAGUAUAAAAGUUACAAAUUGGGUCUCAAAUAGCCUUCUAUGGACUGAAGUUCCAAAAAAGUUCCUCAAAUAGCCUUCUUUAAGACAUGGCCGUCAUUUCAUGGAUAUGAAAUCUAAACGGCAUCACAAAAGGGCAUAUAAUCAAUAAUUAAUAUUUUGUAGCUUGGAAAUUAUUGAAAUGUAUAAUUUACAUUGAAAUGUCAACUCAGAAUAACUUAAAGUUAACUCGUUUAGGACUGUUUUUGAAAAGAGAGAAUUUUUUGACUUUAAAAAAUUUCGUCCUACUGUAUUUACUUACCACGAAUUUGUCACACAUUGAAAGUCAGUUGAAGUGUAUUUUGUAUUUUUUUUUUUCGAAUUGAAUGAAGGCUAUUUGAACCACCGAACACAUCGGAAAAAUCAAGUAGGGGAGAGGCGGGCUAUAUGCGCAUAUUAAGGAAAGCAAUCAUUUUCUCCCAUAUUACAAUAGAUAGGAGUCUGAAAACUAUAUACACAUAAGCGGACAUCUGUUUUAUAUACGUAGGAGCAAUUUUUCUGUUAAAAUCUCUUACAGUUUUUGUGAAAAUAAUUUUAUAAUAAAAGAAGUCAAAAUAGCCGAUUUCCGAAACUGGCGGGCUAAAUGCACAUAUUUAUGUUUUGAACUAUAUUUCGUUAACACUUGCAAUAUUUUGAAACUAUUUAAUUGAAAAUGGUAGAAACGGAUGUUAAGCAUACGUCAAGGCUGAAAUUUUGGUGAAAUUUUUUACAUCACUAGUUCUUUUGCUUGAAACAUAGUUAAGUAUGCCAUAUGGCCAUAUUUCAUGGUAAUAUUUUGUUCAUAUCGUAUUUCUAUCGGAUCAGUAUGAAGUUCUCCUUUUUUCGCUGUAAGAUCGUGAUUUGAGCGUAGAUUUAAUGUUUAAAUGAUAAAAAGUAAAAAAUUUUUAAGACUAAUCUAUUUUUCUUGAUAUAGGCAUUUAACCUGCCUUGAUAUGGGCAUUCAGAACCUGUCUUUUAUUCCAAUAUCUUAUCAUUUACAACCUUGCCAAAAGUUUCAAUUUGUUGAAUUUCCGAUUUUCAGAUGAAUAAGAAAGAAAAACCAUUAAAAUUUUUGUUCACAGAAUCUGUACGCACGAUAAUUAAAGUUCAAUAUAUUAUAACAAAACUGACAAAAAUCUUGUUUGAAUUUUUAAAUUUUUUUGGCUAUAUAUAACAAUCAAAUUUCUUCAUGCCAUAUUUCAAUAGCGUAUUACCCUCAAACUGCACUAAUUUGAUAAGUUGAAUCUCCUGCCAUAUCGCCUAUCGGCUAUAUGCGCAUAUUACCCAACAUGCGCAUUUAGGAACACUUCCCCCUAAUCGCUUUUUAACCUGAAUUCCUUUCAAUUUUUUUCAAAAUUCAGAAGUUUGGAUUGAUGAUUUCAAACCAAAUGAGACUUAUAUGGUGGUGUGGUUUGUUUUUCUUCGAGGGAUAAAACGAAGGCUAUUUGAGCCAUUGCACGCAUCGCAAACUGGAGUUAUGGCUUUUAACCCUCAAUUUCAGAACAUUUUACUAUUAAUUAAGAAAAAAAAGCUUGUUCGCACAAGAAAUUUUUUGAACAAAUGGGUACCUUUUGGUGUAAAUUUUCCCAAGAAAUCGAAUGAAGGCUAUUUCAGCCACCACACGCAUCGGAAAAUGGAGUUAUGGCUGCUUUACCCUCAAUUCCAGUUUUCAAAUAUUAGAAUAGGCUUUGAUAGCCAUGUCGGGAUUCUAAAAUUUAAAACCAAAUGAAACUUACCUUGUCUAUCUUUUUGCCUUUCUAACAGAAAGGUUUGGUUAUCGGUCGAUUUGAGAGAUCAUUAAUUAUGGGUCUUAGACAUACCUUUAUAGGUACCUAUCGACUCAGCUCGACGAGUUCUGUUGAUGUCCGUGGAUUUGUAUGUGCCAUUUUAAAAAUGUCUAGAACGUUUUUGCGAAACUGGGCUGCACAAUUAAAAUGAUUUUAGUCUCAAAAGAAUGCAUUUUUUUUUCUACACAACCCUUUCAAAAACGGGAAAAAAACAAAAUAGUUGAAACCGUUUUCUUUACCAAAUACAUAUCAUACUUAUUAUGGCAUA